GAGUCGUUUCGAUGUGUCGUCUGCUGCCGGUUCGCCUGCGGUCCGAAGUUCAUUCGUUCCGAACGUCCAUUGGAGUCGUGCACGUGAAUGAUUUUGAGGUUCACUUUGUAGAAGCUCUCGGUUUCGGUCGUAAAGAACAGUGGCAAAGUCUCGUUUCGACGUGAACGUACGCGCUACGGAUCGGAGAAAAUGUCGUGGUUAUUCGGAUAUCGGGGUGCGCAGCCACCGCAAGACUUUUCGCAUUUGGUGCCACCACCGGCGUCCGGUGGUGCAGGGGACUCGGGCGAUGGGUCUUCCCCCAGGACGCCCCUAACCGCGUCUCAAAUGGAGGCCUACAGAUUUGACUCCAGAGCGCUGGAAAGAGCAGCGAAUGCCGCGAAGGAGCUCGAAAGAUCUCCUCAUGCCAGAGAUGCCUUGGAACUGUCGAAGCUUCAGGAGGCGACUCGGCAAGCAGAGGUUCAGACAGAGAUGAAAAAAUAUGAAGCUGGAAUUGAGCAACUGAAAGGCGAGCAAAAACGUAUCGAAGCAGAGGAGCGCAGGAAAACUAUGCAAGAAGAAACGAGACAACAUCAGAUGCGAGCACAGUAUCAGGACCAGUUAGCUAGGAAACGUUAUGACGAUCAACUUAGUCAACAGCAGAGAAUGAAUGAAGAAAAUCUUAGAAGACAAGAAGAGUCGGUUGCAAAGCAAGAAGCGAUGAGAAAGGCAACGAUCGAGCACGAAAUGGAUCUGAGGCACAAGAAUGAAAUGCGAAAACUUGACGCGGAGUUAAGAGCCAAAGCAAAAAUCGAUAGAGAAAAUCAGGAUCUCAAUUUAGAGCAGAUUAGAUUGAAAGCAUCGGAAAACAGAGUCACCGUACUCGAGUCCAUAAAGACUGCUGGUUCCGUCUUAGGCUCAGGAGUGUCCGCCCUUCUUCAGGACUGGGACAAGAUCCUCGCAGCCGCUGGUGGCUUGUCUCUCGUAGCUUUUGGCGUGUACUCUGCAAAAGGUUCAACCGGUGUGGCUGCACGAUACAUCGAGGCACGUCUAGGAAAGCCAGCAUUGGUACGAGAGACGUCCAGAUUUUCCAUAUUGGAUUCCGUACGACACCCUGUUCAAGCAGUGAAGAAGUUAGCGACCAAACAAACCGAUGCUCUGUCAGGCGUUGUUUUGGCACCAAAACUUGAGGAGCGUUUGCGAGAUAUUGCGAUAGCGACGAAAAACACUAAACACAAUCGUGGCAUGUACAGAAAUAUUUUAAUGCACGGUCCACCUGGAACAGGCAAGACCAUGUUUGCGAAGAAAUUAGCAGAACAUUCUGGCAUGGAUUAUGCCAUUCUUACGGGAGGUGACGUUGCACCAUUAGGAAGGGACGGGGUGACUGCGAUUCACAAAGUCUUCGAUUGGGCGUCGACAUCAAGGAGAGGACUUUUAUUGUUCAUCGACGAGGCAGAUGCCUUCCUACGAAAAAGAUCCAGCGAACACAUUUCAGAAGACCUAAGAGCCACGUUGAACGCAUUUUUGUAUAGAACCGGAGAGCAAAGCAACAAGUUCAUGCUUGUUCUCGCAUCGAACACGCCAGAACAGUUCGACUGGGCCGUGAACGACCGCCUCGAUGAAAUGGUGGAAUUCCAGUUGCCUGGAAGAGAAGAACGUGAACGAUUGGUUCGACUGUACUUUGAAAAAUUCGUUCUGCAACCAGCAGCGGAGGGGAAGAGAAGAUUAAAAGUGGCACAGUUUGAUUACGGAGCAUUGUGUAGUAAAUUGGCUGAGAUUACAGAAGGUAUGUCUGGUCGAGAAUUGGCUAAGUUGGGUGUCGCAUGGCAAGCCGCAGCCUACGCUUCGGAGGAUGGUGUCCUGACCGAACAGAUGGUCAUGGACAGAUGUAUGGAUGCCGUAAGGCAGCACAAACAGAAGGUACGAUGGCAAAGCGAGCAGGAACGACAAGAAUCAAAAUCGAUUUACGCAGGUGAAAGUGAAACCCAUAAUGUUACGGAGAAGCAACGAGAUGUACCUGCGAUAGAAGCUGCACCGACACUGGCUUCGGCCUGAAAUUCAUUUUCAGUAUCUAUGAAAAUGUGUUGAUCCAAAAAUAAUAUCUAGUUGACGGGGGUCUAAACAGCAAUCGUCAAGGUGGAAUUUAUCUACCCUCGAAGCGUUGAUGACAAUUGCUUGUGCACCUCUCAGUUUCAAUCGCAAGAUAGUUGGAAAGAAAUGUCACGGUGACUCGAAGUGUUUUAAUAUCCGAGAAAAGCGACAGAUGUAGCUGAGAAAUAUUGAAAGGGGUAAUCAUACAUGAAUUCCAUUAUUUUAAGCUACCUACGGUGAUGUAGGUAAUGUAGUCAAUUUGAAUCUAAAUUUAACACGCAUUGCGCGCACAAAAUUAAUGUGAGAUGAAUUCUUUCAUCAAUUCAUACGCAAGCCUGCCUAAAGUGAACAGCAUUUAUGCGAUGGAAGUUAACCUCCACCCCAGUGUCUUUGUCGAUCAUGCCACAGAAGAGAUGUACAUAAGUUACUUAAAAUCCACAAUGUUCCUAAUAGAUUCUUCUUGUUAAUAUCUCGAUAUAUUAUUUACGGCAUAAACAAUUAAAGAUUAAAAAACAGCUGAAAGCACUAAACAGCACAAUGUGGUAUCAAGACUAAGUCAUGGAUACUAAUUCAAUAUGACAUUUGUAUAUACCCGACGUUGUAUCAUUGUUCAUAUGUCCGUUUCCUUUUUUUUUUUAAAUGCAAGCAGACAGUGAAUAUAAUUAAUAAAUGCGCAUUUGUUUGAGA